AAUAUUUUAAUAAAAAGCAAGUGUGAUUGUCUGACAACGUGUCUUAAAUAUUAAUAUUAAAAAAGUUUUAUUUUAUCUUAUAUUGUUGAUAAUAUAAUUAAUAAUUAUUUAAAAUGGAUUUGGGAGGUGUUGAUGUUUGGGGUCAAAUUGCUUUGGAAACAUCGCAAAUGUAUGUUGAAGAAGGUGGUGUUAUUAAAAGUAGAUUUGCUAGUACUACAAUUGAAAAGCUGCCUGAUAAGGUAAUUCUUAGAAUAUUUAGUUAUUUAUCACACCGUGAAAUAUGCAGAUUAGCAAGAGUUUGUAAAAGAUGGCGACAAAUUGCAUAUGAUACAAAACUUUGGAAUUAUGUUUCUUUACGUCCAGAAGUUAGUGGUCUUCAUGUAAAUUCACUUGAAAUGUUGUUACAGCUAAUAAGUGUACGUUUUGCAUCGUCAUUGAGAUACAUUGAGUUGCCAAUUGAAUUAAUAACUCAUACUGUUCUUCAUGAACUCGCAAAUAAAUGUCCCAAUUUGACUCAUAUGCUUUUAGAUUUUUCGACUGCAAUGCAGUUACAUGAUUUCUCUGAGAUGCAAGCAUUUCCAACAAAGCUAAAAUACAUGUGUAUUUGUUUAUCUGAAGUUAUAUUCAUGGAAGGUUUUAUGCGUAAAAUAUAUAAUUUUAUAAAUGGACUAGAAAUUCUUCAUCUUAUUGGAACAUAUGAAAAAGUUGAAGAAGAAGAAGAAGAAAUUUAUGAAGUUAUUAAUGUACAUAAAUUAAAAUCAGCAACACCGAAUUUACGUGUUAUUAAUUUAUAUGGUAUUAAUUUUGUUGAUGAUUCACAUAUUGAUGCAUUUUCAUCAAAUUGUAUUCAACUUGAAUGUUUAGCUGUUAAUUUUUGUUCAAAAGUAACUGGUUCAACAAUGAAAACUUUAUUUCAAAGAAGUAGAAGACUUCGUUGUCUUUUAAUGAAAGGAACAAAUCUACAUAGUGAAUAUGUGAUGCAAGUUGAAUGGGAAAAAUCAAGUGUUCAAGAAUUAGAUAUAACAGCAACUGAUUUAUCAACAGAAUGUUUAAUUGAUAUGUUAACAAGAAUUCCAAGUUUACGUUUUUUAAGUGCUGGACAAUUAAAUGGUUUAAAUGAUAGUGUAUUAAAAUCAUGGACAGAAAUGGGAAAUCCAAGAAAUUUAGUUGCAUUAGAUUUUGAUAGUUCAGAUAAUUUAACUGAUGAUGCAUUACAUAAAUUUCUAUCACGACAUGGACAUCAAUUAUGGGGUAUAUCAUUAUCCGGUAUGCCUCAUAUAACUGAUCAAUUAUGGCAAAGUGUUUUGCCAAUAUUAACAAAUGCCAAAAUUGUCGUGAUGGGAACACAAGAAAGAUUGGGAGUUAAUAUUCAUGUUGAUCAAUUGAUGGAUGGUAUUGCAACUAAUUGUCCUAAUCUUGAACGAUUAGAAUUACGAUGGGAUCCUGAAAAUCUUAGAUUUUCAGAUAAAAGUCAAAAAGCUAUUGAUGUUCUUCGUGUUAAAUGCAUCAAACUUCGUUGUCUUGUUUUGAGCGAUGGAAGAUAUUACGAAACUGUUAAGGCUAAUUUCGAACGUGCUGAUAGACUAACUGUUGUACGUACAACAACUUGCUGCAGAGUUACAAAUUAUUAUCUUUUACAAAAUUACAGAGACUUAAUAUUUAAUUAAUUUAAAUAAUAGUAAUAAUUAUAAAUUUUUUUUAUUUUAAAUUUAUAUAUUUAAAAAUUUGUGAAAUCAUGUAUUUUAAUGAUCUCCCAGUGCAUAUGCACUCGUUGUUUUUCUUUAAAAUAUGUAGAUCAACGUAAAAUUAUUUUCGGAUUAUGAGGACAAGCUCGGUAUUUCGAAUGCAAUUUAGUUUCUAACUAUAUAAUUUUUCUUGGCAAGCUACUACUUCUUCAACCAAUAAUUAAUAAUUAUUUUGCAAAAUAUAAAAAUUAUUUAAUUUUUUUUAAGUAUUUAUUUAAUUAAAAAAAAACUAUUUUAGAUUAAUUUAAAUAAAAUUAAUAAUUUAGAAUUGAAAAAAAAAUUAAAUUUCUUUUAUUUUUUUUUUCAAUAAAUUUAAUGUAUAAUUCAUAAAUAAUCGUGUCAUUAAGACACAAAGUUCAUGAGUAUUUUUCAAUGUAUUUCAUCGUUUUAAUUUACAUUUAAGAUUUUUAUUCUAUUUAAAAUUUAAAAUUAAAUUCCGAGAAACAGUAAAAAAAUAUAUCCAAGUGGAUUUUUAAAAUUUUUUUCGAUUGAAUUUGAAUUAUCAAAUGUUUUAAUACUUUUUCAUCUUUCAACAUUUAUUUUUUUUUAAAUUAUUAAAUAAACAAUAUAAUAUUUUCAAUAAUAAAGCGAUUUCAAAAAUUAAAAAGCAAAUUUUUAAUAUAAAAAAAAACAAAUUAUCGAGAAAACAUUUCUCUUUGAUAGAAAUAAUAAUUCAGUUUUAAUUAAAACAAUCAAAUUGUCAUUAUAUUUUUGUCUGUAAUUUAAAAAAUAUGAAACAACAUACAAAGUUUUUGAUUAAAUCUUGAAUGUAUAAAUUAUUUCUGGCGUAUAAAGUUCAAAGGACAAAAGAGCUAUGACCAUUGAAAUAUUUGUUAUCAUAUAUAACAAAUCAAAGAGGAAAUGACAGUGUUAAAGUUAAGUAUCAGAUUAUAAA